AUGAUUUUCUUUCUUGCGGAAUUGCUGUUCCUCGGGGCUGUGGUCCUCGGAGGCUUCUACUACUUCUUUCUCCUACCUCCAAAAUACCCUCAGAACAUUCCCGCCAUCCCUUUUUGGGUUGCGCUUAUCCCGUUUUUCAAAGAUGUCGACCAGUCCGACAUAUUUCGGACAUACAUCGACAAGCCGCUACGGACUCACGGCGCGGUCAAGCUCUUCUUUGGCGCUCAGUGGAACAUUUUGGUUCAUCGUCCGUCUUAUCUGACUGAGAUUUUCAAGAACGAAGAUUUGUAUCAAAAAAGCGGCAACCAGAAGAAAAUUCCUCACAGCGUGCUUGCAGACUUUUUGGGCGACAAUAUCAUUUCUGCCCAUGGAGAGACGUGGAAGAAUUACCAAUCAGUCAUCAAGCCCGCUUUGCAACGAAAUUUCGAAGUAGGCAUCAUCGCCAAGAACGCAGUCAGCCUGUGCCAUCUCCUUCGCGAUUCCCAAAAGCGGGCCGGCCGUGGGGGCUUCGCUGUGCAGGAUCUCCUCCAGCGCUACUCGGUCGCGAAUUGCUCGGAAGCCAUCUUGCAGACCAAUCUCGGUGCCCUUGAUUCCCCAGACGCACCCAUCAAUCUCCUCCAGACGGCGGUGAAGAGAGAAAUCUUCAAGCCUGUUUUCAUGAACUUUCCGAUUCUGGAUCAUCCGAAUCUCCAAUGGCUGUUUCCCAGUCGCGCCAAGGCCCGUCAGGUUGUUGCCAAGUUCAAGAACGAGCUCAAAGGUUCUCUGGCCCACCAGAAACCGACAGGGGACGGUCUAGGCAGCCGAAUGCUACGUGCAUGGGAGUCUGGCAUGUGGAACGAGAAACAGCUUCUCGAUAACUUGACGGUGACGUUCGUGGCUGGUCAAGAGAAUCCUCAGCUGUUGAUGACUUCAACACUCUACGUGUUGGCCAAACACCCUGAGGCGCAAGAGGCGUUGCUACGCGAAAUCCUUUCCAAGGAUGCGACUCCAUUAUCAGAUCUGAGCCAAGAAGACAUGCCUUACCUCACCUCAGUCAUUUACGAAUGCCUUCGCCUUUUUCCACCAAUCGGUCAGCUCAUCAACCGCAGAGCCGCAGCUUCAUGCCUGCUAGGUAGCGAGUUGGUUGUUCCUGAGGGAACAUAUCUUGGCUACCACUGUCGGUCAACGAACUGCGACCCCGUGGCAUGGGGGCCGGAUUGCGAGAAGUUCAGUCCUGCGCGGUGGGGAACGGCCUCGGAAGAGAUCCACCAGAAUUACCGUCGGCGACGGGCGAGGGGCGAAUUCAUCUCGUUCCAUGGCGGGAAACGCGCAUGUCUUGGCGAAAAGUUUGCCAUGCUAGAGAUGCGGAUGACUCUUGUGCAACUUAUCCGCGAGUUCCGCUGGUGUUUGGACCCGAUGUGGGUGGAAAGAAUGACACCCUAA